GAAACUGAAGAGAUUCUGUUAGUGGAUCUAAACUCUGAAACUGACCAGACUUUUGUAAAAGAGGAUCUCUUCUUGAAUGGCAUCACAACCUCUCUUCCACAACCCAAGCCACAGCCACCCUUCUUACCCGAGAGUUCUAGGACUACAUUGAAUUACUUAUUUAGCUCAGACUUGUUUGUGCCAACUACAGAGAGUCUCAGCUUGACCUCAGUGGCACAGACAGGAUCUGUGCCAACUAACCCACUGGACCUCUUCAAAACAAGUCCUACCACAGCACCUCCAUUGGCUGGUCUAGGUGGCUUGCCAGUAACUUCAUCACCAUGGAGUGCACAGACAUCUGCCUUCACUCAGGCUGCGUCAGUCUUUCCUGUGUCUAUGAUGCCUGUUCACCAACCACUUGCCUUUGGUGCUCAAGCAGUGCCAAGCUGGAGCCAGCCUGCAUCAUUUGGUCCAGCAGCCUCUCAGACCUAUGGUCUCUGGGCACAGCCAGCACAAGUUCAAUUUACUUCAUGGACACAGCCAUCCAGUGCUGUAAAUCCCUUUCAUAGUAGUAUGUUCCCAUCUUCAAAACUACCUGCUCACACCUCAUCUGCUCUACCCUCCAUGUCAACAACUAGCUCACCUCAGCCACCACCUAGAACUACACCUCAGAAGGAGCUAUCUGAGAGAGAGAGUGAUGCUUUUAUUGCUCUGGAUCUACUUGGUGAUAAAGAGAUGAGGGAUGUCAAGGAAAUGUUCAAAGGCUUCCAGCUGACAAAGCCACCUGAAGUACCAGCAAGGAGAGGAGAGCAGCAAAGCCUUUCAGAACCACCAAAGCCUGUUCCCCGACAAACUGUGCUGCCAGCUGAUGGCCUAUUUGAAAGUCAAGCUAAAACAGACCUUUUCAGUGCCUCAUCUAAGGAAUCUCGGAAACCACCUUCUGGUCCUUUUGGUGAUCCUUUUGGCAAUCCAUUUGCAUAG